GUUUGUUCGGAAGAGUUCGGCUUUGGGUGCAGCCGCUUUGUGAAUUUGUUUUGUUUUAAUUAAAGUAAUAGUGAGUGAUAACGGUGUAACACUUUUUGUAAAAUGAUCUAACCACCGUGCAAUGUCUUUUACACAGCGUGAUUGCGUGCAGUGUUUGUGAAAAGCAGUCGCUUCCGCCAUGACGAUGGCCCUCUCGAUCGGGAAGUAUUCCAUGAUUCCUGUAUACGUUUUGUGUAUCGCGCUCUGCUAUCCUGUUUCGGGUGAGCCCGACCCAGCCCGACACAUACAGAACGUAACCGCCAAAGGGGAGUACGGGAAAGAGGCCGUCCUCACAUGUCUUAUCAGUAAACUGGAGAAGCCGAACGUCAAUUGGAUGAUAGAAGGGAAAACUGAGCCCAUAAACUAUGAGGAAGUGACUGAAGCAACAACUGCUACGGUUCCUGUUACAGGAACCGCGGAAACAGUAAAAUACACAACCGAGAUCAAAAACCAAUCUUACAUCCUGAAAAUCGCGAACGCCACAGAAGAUGACGCCAGGAACUAUACUUGCGUGGUCCAGGGGGAAGCCAGGACUGAAUACUUGAAUCUAAGCUUUGCUGGAAAACCAGUUUCCAUGAAAUCUGAUCCUAAGGCGGAUUCUAACAGCAUCGUGCAGUUCAACUUGCCGGCGGACAAGAAUAAGACGCUGACGCUGACAUGCGAGUUUGAGGUUUACGACCAAGCCGAGAUCGAAUGGGUACUACAACGAUACAACGAAGAAGAUAUCCUUUUAAACGGGACUACGACCAAAAACAUGAAAAAACUCAUCGGCACUUACAGUACACAGAUAUCAAAAGAAUUUUUCGACAUCCAGAAUGGCACGCAUAUAUGUCGAGUUUGGGAUUCCCAUGGAUACAAAAAUCUAACCAGUAAAAUACAUGUUAAAAUUGUUGCUCAUCCCGUGGUCACAAUAACAUUCGCUAAGCCUGUCAGCUCUUCAGCAAUCUAUUUAAACUGGACGGUAAAACAAUACAAUUCAGACAUCAAAAGAUACGAAUUGAGAUACAAAAAUACUACGGAAACCGACUAUCACUUUAGUCCGACUUCUAUUAAUAUUAAAGCUGCAAAAUUCUAUGUCCUUGGCGGAUUAGCGAAAAACACCACGUAUCAGUUAAAACUGAAAGUAGAAACUGGUGCUGGGAGCAAUCACGAUGAGGUCUCCAAUCUGACCACAUUGCCGAAGGACCCUGACUUCGUCCCGAAUAUUUCCAUCAAUGGAUUCACAGCACGUUCCAUGACUAUUGGUCUGAGUGCCCCACCUAGUGACAUAGCCGAGUACGUACAUUAUUAUCAGCUGGAGGUGUGGAAGAAAAUAGACAAAAAUAACACAACGGAGAACGCAGUCCAUAUUAGAGACGACAGGAAUCUGCCCUACAUGUUUAAUAACCUCGAUCCGCACACAACCUACGUUUUUAGGGCCAAGGCAUGCUUCGAAUAUGGCGGUAACUACAACUGCUGCGGAAACUGGUCGAAAGAAAUGGAGGCAUUAACUAUGGACGGGAUACCCAACGCGCCGAACAUUACUGUUAUACAUUGUGACUUCUCGGUGGAACAGGGGUACUACAUGAAUCUCACGUGGGAGCAACCGACCAAGCCUAAUGCUGAGAUUAAAGGAUACAUGAUGGAGGUGACAGGCAACGCGACUUAUAUCGACCGGUUUGGCAAAUGGAAGAUGGACACGUUCGGACCGCUCACCAAAUUGUUCACCAAUGAGACGUUUCUUGCCAGGGUGCCAGACCUGAAGCCCAACAUGAACUACACGGUGCGACUGAUGGCGAUGACGCGGUCCCGUCGCCGAGGGCAGGAGAGGGCGGAGUACUGCCCCACGGGCCGCGGGCCGCCCGACUUCCCGCCGCGGCCGAGCUGGCGCAAGGUUGAAGAGAAAAAGGGGGAUACUUCUGAAUAUUCGCUCAGAGUACGAAUUCCUCGUAUUCCAGAGCGAAACGGACCUAUUUGCUGCUACAGGGUGUACCUAGUGCGUCUACCUAAAGGCAAGGGCUGGAUCUCCACGAACCCUCAGGACCUGCCCGUCAUCACGUGGGCCGACGCCCACGCCGCCAACUCCGACUACGAGGAGGGUGCCUACAUCACUGACAUAUUCAACCACGAUAAUUUCCCCAAAGUCGAACUGAUACUCGGCGACAACAUAAGUGAGAACAUGACACGUAAAGAUGACAACAUAACAUGCAGUCGUUGCUUCGAACGGCCACUGAGAAAAGAACCCCCUACGACUGCGAAGAUUGCAAUAAUCACCGCUGAACCCGAUUAUGACGAGAAUACGGAAGAAGCUAGAACGGAAGUAGCGAAGACUAAAAGAUCUUUGGAUAUCAGAGAGGAUCAGUUAAUCACGCCGACGGAUGGGAAAUUGGACCCAUCAGUGAACUAUACGCUCUUCGUUGAAUUAAUACCGGGCACUGAAGAUACGUCCCUGUACAGCAGCUACACUAAUGCACUCAACACGGCCAUACCACCGCAGAUUAUUGCCGCCAACAACAUGGAAACUGCGCUACAGAUAUGCUGCGGUGUAGCCGCUCUACUCUUAUUGGCUACGAUUAUCUUCUGCAUCGUUCACACGCGGCGCGCGCGCAAGCAGCCGCUGCGUCACGCACAUGUCGAGCUCAACCCCAUACAGGCCGCGCUAAGAUACGUGGUGGGCCACAUCGGCGGGCGCACGCCGCUGGUGUCGGCGCCGCCGCCGGCCAUGCCGCCCGUGGCGCUGGAGGAGCUCGCGGCCGCCUACGCCGAGCGGCAGGCCGACUCCGAUUACGGCUUCCAGAAGGAGUUCGAGCUGCUACAAAUGCUCCCCGAAUGCUAUCCGGACCGCACCACGCACGCUUCCGAAGCGCGUGAGAAUCAGCCCAAGAACCGCUACCCCGACAUCAAGGCCUACGACCAGACGAGAGUCAAGCUCUCCCAGAUAGACGGCAUCACUGGCUCCGACUAUAUCAACGCGAACUAUGUCAUGGGAUACAAGGAGCACAAGCAAUUCAUUUGCGCACAAGGCCCAACAGACACGACCGUCAACGACUUCUGGCGUAUGAUUUGGGAACACGGGCUGGAGCUGAUUGUGAUGCUGACCAACUUGGAAGAGUACAGCAAGGUGAAAUGCUCUAAGUACUGGCCGGAUGAGGAUCGUGGCUCGCGGGCCUUCGGUGCCAUCACCGUGCACCACGUCUCAGAAAAACGAUACUCUGAUUACAUCGUAAGAGAGUUGAAAAUCGUAAAGCAGGCCACCAACUCUGAGGGCCAGCCUAUCGUGGAAAACAACGGCGUUGACAAGAGAAACGGAGAUUGCAAAGAUCCGGAAAGUGGGAGCGCACCCACAUCUCCACGAGAAGUAAAAGACAACAUCCGCACCGUGCGGCAGUACCACUUCCUCAUGUGGAAGGACUUCGCUGCGCCCGAGCAUCCGCAGUCCAUACUCAAAUUUAUUAAGCGUAUGAACGAAGCAUGGUCGCACCUAAUGGGCCGGCCGGUGGUGGUGCACUGCUCGGCCGGCGUGGGCCGCACGGGCACGCUGGUGGCGCUGGACUGCCUGCUGGAGCAGCUGCGCGCCGCGCGCCGGGCGGCCGUGUUCACCACCGUCGCCGAGCUGCGCCGGCAGAGGAACUUCCUGGUGCAGUCGCUGAAACAAUACGUGUUCGUGUACCGAGCGCUAGUCGAGUACGCUCACUACGGCGACACAGAGAUCCCAGCAUCGCGGCUCAAGUCCAGCAUCGAUCGUUUGAGGAACACUGCCGAAGGGGCGGAUAAGUGCCUCAUGGAACACGAGUUUGAGAAAAUGAUGAACCCGCCAGUAACAGAACCACUAAAGUCCUGCUCAGCGGGCUCCGUAGAAGAAGCCCGGACCAAGAAUCGAAGCCCGGAAUACCUACCCUAUGACCGCAACCGCGUCAUAUUGGCACCAGCGCCGCCUCUGCACUAUUCCACAUACAUCAACGCGUCUUUCAUUGAAGCAUACGACAACUCGGAAGGCUUCAUAAUCACGCAAGACCCGCUGCAGAACACCAUCAUGGAUUUCUGGCGGAUGGUGUCCGAACACAACGUCUCUACCAUCGUUAUGUUAAGUGAAUUGGGUGAGGGCAAGUGCCCUCGGUACUGGGACGACGGUACAGCGCAAUACGAGCAUAUCUCCGUGCAGUAUGAAGAGAGCGAAUCCUGUCCGUACUACACGAGGCGGCAGUUCCGGGUCACUAAUAACAAGAGCGGCGACGUGAUGGUGGUGCGGCAACUGCAGUACCAGGGGUGGCCAACCGCGCCCGGCCACGUGCCCGAGGUGACGCGCGGGCUGGCCGAGCUGGCCGACGCGGCGCGCCAGCAGCCCACACCCGCACAACACGCCGAGCCCGCCAUGCUGCUGCACUGCCAGUAUGGCACGGAGCGCUCGGCGCUGUUUGCGGCGCUGUGCAUACUGAUCGCGCAGCUGCGUAACGAGCGGCGCGUCGACGUGGCCGCCACCGCGCGCAAGGUGCGCUCGCAGCGGGCCGGCACCAUUAACACUUUCUUGCAAUACGAGUUCCUCCACCGUGCCAUACUCAACUACGCGGAGCUGCACAACCUACUAGAAGACAGUUAAACUUUCUUCCCACGCCUUUAGCGCUAAAAUGGACUUUAUCCCAUGCACGGUAGGCUCAAUUUUACCUGCACACCCCAUGAGGGUAACGACGCUCAAACUUAACGGAAACACCGUUUGUCCUACGAUAUUUUAUCUGUGGUAUACUCGAGCGUAUAUGUUGAUUGUUAUGUGAGACGGCACUAGUGAGCGUGUGAACGAGUGAGCGAAAAGGAAACUCGGUCUCAGUGCGUUUUUGUACUAUGUUCAUUCAGUUGUAAAAAAUAUCUACGCUUCUAAUUCGUAAAAAACACAAUACAAUAUAUAGUCUGUCAAGUCAUUUCCGUCAGUAGAAAAAAGCGGCAAAUUAAAAAAAAAUUGAGCGAAGGGUUAUCGUCCCAUAGAAAAUUUGUAUUUCGCGCCUUUUUCUACCGACAAAGUUAUUUGACCGGCUAUAAGUUUGACUAACAAAAGGUGAACCAAGUAUUCAUGGCAACACUAAAAGUCGUAUUAAUGUGUAUUUUUGACGAAUAGUGCUGCCUAUGUUUAUUUGUAAGUCAAAUUGUGAUUUUUUAAGAUGUGGAUUGAUCUAUUCCCUUUUGAAAAUACCCGCAAAGUAUACAAUAUUUAAGAAAGUCUUUUAUGUGUAUAAAUUGCAAUUUUCUCGCUUGUUUUUAGAUACUUAUUCAUCGUUCCCUGUGACGUUCGUAUUUGCUUUUUGCUCACGAAUUUAACUUUAUUUUAUAAAACAUUUUUAUUUCUAUUUUUAUUACGUUUAGUAUAUGUACAAAUCAGUGAUCACUAGGUUUUUGUAUCUCAGUUUAUAAUGUAGUUAUUAGAUAGGUUAUGAAAAAAAAAACUGCUUUUCUACUGAAUAUUUUGACAUGAUAGUUGACAAUUUUGAAAUGGAAUGAUAAUUUAUUUUGUUUUUGUUAGUAUUACCAUAAUAUGUGACGUUUUCAAUCAAAAGGUACCACAUUGUCGCUUACCAUAAGGACGAAAAUUGCUUUUAUCUAUACGAAAAACCUGUAUGGCAAGCGACAAUGUGGUACCUUUUGCUUGAAAACGACAUAUUAUGGUGUGUUCAGUGUCUGUAUAGGUCAUUAUAGACAGUUGGCGUAAAGCCUUCAUUUCUUUAGUCUACAAUAGAUACCUGGUCCUGUGCGUUCGAAUAACUUCUUUCAAGUUUUUAUUUAGUAUCUGGCCCUAUCAAUCAAAUCUUGCAUGUUUUUCUCUCUAACUGAAAUUGAGCAUACAUACUUAACUUGGGUGAGAAUGAUGACGGAGACCGAACGUGCCGAUGUAGCCUUACGAGUUUGACACUGAGAUAUUCGCUAGCGUGUGCGUAACUUUUCUAUGCAUUUCGCGCGUACUGGCAUAUUAGUGCAAGCGAGAUGUAUAGCAAUUAAGUUACGCAAAAUGUAGCGAAUAUGUCAAUGUCAAACUCGUAAAUGCUAAAGAACUCUGUAGUAAAUAAUCACAAUAUUCUCUAGUAACUAAUGAUUAUACAAAAGCUUGUGUCAAAAUGCCAUGUUAGACAGACUUUUUAUAUUUUGACUAUCGAAAAUAAACCAAUUCAUUUUUAAAAUAAACGUCCAUAAAAUGGAUAUUUUAAGAAUAAGAAUGAUUUAUUGCAUUACUGUGUACAUUUGUAGAUGGUAAUCAUGAUACAAUUUCAAUUUGUUUCAACAGUUUUGUUUGUUACCCAAUUUAAAAAAAAAAAAAUUUAAUUAUUCGAACGCACAUUUAUAGUAAUCAUUUUAUCAAACUAUAGUAGAUCUGUCACUUUAAUAUUAGGAUUUUCUAUAGUUUUCGGUAUUAUAACAUACCGAAAACGAAAUCGUGUCCAAAGAAUAAGUAGGAGUUAAAAUGCCGAGAGAUAAAGUAAAUUUAAAAUAUUUAUUUAAGUAUCAGAUGAUAUGCAUUUGUAUUCUUUUAAGUUAUACAACUCGAGUACAGUCAUAUUCAGAAUUGUUUAAUACUUUAGAGGUGAUUGUACUGCGUUUGCCAUUAAAUGUGUCGUUUUCAAGUAAAAGGUACCACAUUGUCGCUUACAAUGAGGACGAAAUUUGCUUGCAUCUUUAUAUGAAUAACCUGUUAGAGCGUUCUUAUUGGCAAGCGACAAUGUGGUACCUUUUACUUGAAAACGACACAAAUGUAAAAGGUUUUCUAAAAACCAUACAUUUCAGAAUUAAGGCCGUUUUUUCAAAGUACCCCAAGCACAAAAAUAAAGGUGCGUGCAUACUGUCUCUCAAAACUAUAGAAGAAAUAUAUAUGGAAAUAUUGGUAAUGUAAAUAAAUGAAAAUACUCAACCUAAAAUUAAAUAGCAGUUAAUAUAGAAAAUUAAAGUGUAAUCGUAUCGCCCCCAGUGUGCACAAU